CAAACCCUCUCGCGCAGCGUUAACGUGCUCAUCGGCGUCGGCCUCCUCGCCGAGCCGCUCGCGUUCGCCGACGCCGGCUGGGUCGGCGGCAUUCUCCUGCUCGUCUUCUGCGCCCUUGUCACCAACUACACGGCCAAGAUGCUCGCGGCCAUGAUGAAGCAGGACCGCACCUCGGCCACCUACGCCGACGUCCUCAUCAAGGCGUACGGGCCCUGGGCUCGCGAGACGAUCUACUUCCUGUUCGUCGUCGAGCUCGCCACGUUCAGCGUCGCGACCGUCACCCUGUUCGCCGACUCGAUGGCGAGCCUGUUCCCUCGAUUCAGCUCGCUCUUCUUCAAGCUCAUCUCGUACCUCAUCCUCCUCCCGACGACCUACCUCCCCCUGCGCGUCCUCUCCCUCACUUCCCUCCUCGGCAUCAUGUCGUCGGUCGUGCUCCUCGCCGUUCUCGUCACCGAUGGCCUCAUCAAGAAGACGGCGCCGGGCAGCUUCUGGGAGCCGAUGGCGACGAGCAUCGUCCCUCGGUGGGGCCGGUUCCCGAUCUCGUUCGGCCUCUUGAUGUCGGGCUUCUCGGGCCACGCCGUCGUCCCGUCGCUGUACCGCGACAUGGCGCACCCCGAGCAUUUCGCGUCCAUGAUCAACGUCGCCUACAUCAUCGCGUUCGUCGUCUCGGUCGUGUUCGGUGUCUUUGGCUACCUCAUGUUCGGGAACAGCGUGUCGAGCGAGAUCACGCGCGACCUGGCGUCGACGGUCGGGUACCCGGUCGCGCUCAACCAGCUCGCCGUGUGGAUGGUCGCCAUCAACCCGCUCGUCAAGUACGCCAUCGCCAACAAGCCCCUCGUCACGACGUUCGAGCACCUCGUCGGCCUCCACAAGCCUGUCGCGCCUCGCCGCAUCCACCGCGUGCGGUACUACCUCCUGCGCCCGGCCGCCUCGAUCCUCUGCGUCGGCCUCGCCAUCGCCAUCCCCGAGUUUGACCGCGUCCUGGCUUUCCUCGGCAGCGCGAGCGCGUUCGUCAUCUGCGUCAUCGGGCCCGUCGGCGCCUACCUCAUCCCUCUCGUCGUCGCCGGGGCCGAGCGCGUCCUGUGCUGGUUCCUCCUCGUCGUCUCGAUCGUCAUGGCGUCGGUCGGGACUGUGUGGAGCUUUUUGCCGGUCGAGGAGGCGGGAUUGGUGUAG